GAUGACAGUGUUGAGGAGGAGCGUUCGAAGAUGGAGGCCAUACGGAGUUGUGCAGCUACAGCCAGGAACCUGGCCUUCCUGAAAGCUCGCUCGAUGGACGUCACCUUCGACGUGGGGGAUGAGUACGAGAUCAUCGAGACCAUCGGUACAGGAGCCUAUGGAGUGGUGUCCUCGGCACGGCACAAACACACAGGUCACCAAGUGGCGAUCAAGAAGAUCCCGAAUGCCUUCGAUGUGGUGACCAACGCCAAACGUACACUGCGCGAGCUCAAAAUCCUCAAACAUUUCAAACACGACAACAUCAUCGCCAUCAAAGACAUCCUGAAACCACCGGGCUCCUACGCCGACUUCAAAUCUGUGUAAGUAGCAGCCCACUCGCUNGAGAGCGACCUGCACCAGAUCAUCCAUUCGUCGCAGCCGCUGAGCCUGGAGCACGCCCGCUACUUCCUGUACCAGCUGCUGCGGGGCUUGAAGUAUGUGCAUUCUGCCAAUGUGGUGCACCGCGACCUGAAGCCCAGCAACCUGCUGGUCAACGAGAACUGUGAGCUGAAAAUCGGCGACUUCGGCAUGGCACGGGGCCUGGGCACGGGGCCCGGGCAGCCCGAGCCUUUCCUGACCGAGUAUGUGGCCACCCGCUGGUACCGGGCGCCCGAGCUGAUGCUCUCGCUGGAUGGUUACAGCAGCGCCAUCGACCUGUGGUCGGCAGGCUGUAUCCUGGCCGAGAUGCUGGGCAGGCGCCAGAUCUUUCCAGGCAAGAACUACCUAGACCAGCUGCAGCUGAUCCUGACGGUGCUGGGCACCCCGCCCGAACGGCUGGUGGCAUCCGUGGGCUCGGAGCGGGUGCGGUCCUACCUGCGGGGCCUGCCGGCCCGGCGCCCGGUGCCCCUCCCGUCCCUCUACCCAGGCCAGGACCCCCAGGCGCUGGAGUUGUUGGAGCAGCUGCUGAGCUUCGACCCCCAGCGGCGCCCAUCCGCCUCCCUGGCGCUGGGCCACCCGUUCCUGGCCAAGUACCACGACCCCCAGGAUGAGCCGGUCUGCUGCCCCCCCUUCGACUUCUCCUUCGACCGGCCGGCCCCAGGCAGGGAGCAGCUGAAGGAAGCCAUCGCCUGGGAGAUCCACGACUUCCACUGGCGCCGCGAAGGGAUCCGGAGGGGCAUCUGCCGCUCACGGCCCCCGCCGCCGCGCCCCCCGCCCCCACCCCCGCCCCCUCCCCCGCCCCCUCCUCCUCCGCCGCCCCCCCGGCCCGCCCCGGGCGUCGACAUGGGCCCCGGGCCGGGGCCUUGGGGGGGGGGCGCCGCGCCCCCCACCGACGCCAGGAAGGAGUGCGGCAUCUCCGCCGACACCAAGGCCGCCCUCAAGGCCGCCCUCAUCAAAUCGGCGCUGAGGCAGAAGCAGAAAGAGACAGCCGGCUGUGGGCUGGAGCAUCCAGAGGCCCGCAGGUCGGUGACGGCCCAGGAGCGGCAGCGGGAGCGGGAGGAGAAGAGGCGCAGGCGCCAGGAGCGGGCCAAGCAGCGGGAGCGCAAGCAGCGGGAGCGGGAACGCAAGGAGCUGAAGGAGGGCGACGUGCUCGGGGGCGUGGUGCUCAGUCAGGGCGACAAGAGCCUGCUGCAACGCUGGAUGAGGAUGACCGAGGGCAGGCAGAGGCCCGAGGCCGGCGAUGGGGCCGCCCCGGCCCUCAAUGGGGGCCUGGACGGUCCGGCAGCAGGCGCCAAGCCAGCAGCGGGCCUGGGGCCUACGCCGGGUCUCGGCCCAAACCCAAGCCUCAGGCCUGGCGUGGGUCUUGGGCCUGCUCCAGAACUCCGACCUGGCGUGGGUCUCGGGCCUACCCCAGAGCUCAGGCCUAGCAUGGGUCUCGGGCCUACCCCAGAGCUCAGGCCUGGCGUGGGUCUCGGGCCUACCCCAGAGCUCAGGCCUGGCGUGGGCCUCGGGCCUACCCCAGAGCUCAGGCCUGGCAUGGGCCUUGGGCCUACCCCAGAGCUCAGGCCUGGCGUGGCUCUCGGGCCUGCUGCUGAGCUCAGGCCUGGCGUGGCUCUCGGGCCUACCCCUGAGCUUGGCCCCAGUGUGGGCCUCAGGCCUAGUGUGGGCUUUGGCCCUGCUCCGAGCCUCGGGCCUAACGUGGGCUUCGGAGCUGGCCCAGGCCUCGAUCCCGGCCUAGCCCCGGGCCCCGCCCCCUCCCUGGCCUUUGGCGCCGCCCCAGGCCUGGGAUUCAGGCCCAGCCUGGGCUUCGAGCAGGCCACCGUCCUCCAGCCCGGUGGGGGGGCGCCCGACGGCCCCGGCGUGGGCCUGGAGGCGGGCCCAGCCUUCCCCGGCCCUGGCCAGGCCUGGGGGAGCGGGCAGCAGCGACCCCCGACCCUCCUGUACCCCCCGGGGCUGUGUGAGGUUCCCUGGGGCCAAGGGGGUGAGCUGCCGCAUGCGGCCGGGUUCGGGGAGCUGGGUCUGCGCGAGGUUUCCCCGCAGCCUCCGGCCCAUUACCCUCAGGAGGAGCAGCAGGCCCCUUGCCCAGGCCCACAGCCGCACCUCGCCCUCCCUCCCACUAACGCCUCCAACACCGAGUCUCCCGACAUCAACACUGUCACCCAGCAACUCUCCAAAUCACAGGUGAAAGACCUGCUGCCCCCAGGUUUCUCCGUGACUCCGAAGGGAAGCGGUGCUGGCUACGGGCUUGGAUUCGACCUGGAGGAGUUCCUCAACCAGUCCUUCGACAUGCAGGGCGACAAUCACGAAAGCCAGGGUGAUUCAGCCCCCCUGUCUGCCUCUCUCCUUGCUGACUGGUUGGAGGUUCACCGUAUGAACCCAGCAGAGAUGGAGUCCCUACAGCAGGAGCUACAGCUCGGCUCUCCCAUGAUUCUCUCGGAUGGCCACGACCUUUAGCAGCGACGGCUGUGCGUGAGACGGAAUACGAUCCGAGAGCCCAGGACACAUGGACCGACUGUCUCAGGGACUGCAGGCCACACAGCGAGGACAGCUCACCCUCCUGCCCCAGGGCGACGGGACUCCAUCGGAGAACAAGGGAGUGUUUAUCUCUGUUGUCCUGAUCCGAGGCUGAGCAUCCCACCAAAACCUUCUCCUACCACCCC